AUGGCAAUAGAGAUUGUACAACCAAGUGUGGGAUUAUCAAAGAUUGCGGUCUCAGAAACCCAUGGGGAAGACUCCCCAUAUUUUGCAGGAUGGAAGGCUUAUGAUGAAAACCCUUAUCAUGAAACACAAAAUCCUUCUGGUGUCAUUCAGAUGGGAUUAGCAGAAAAUCAAGUGUCUUUUGAUCUGCUUGAAGAAUAUUUGGAAGCAAAUCUUGAAGCAGCCAACUGGGGCCAAAAAGUUUCUGGCUUUAGAGAGAAUGCUUUGUUUCAAGAUUAUCAUGGGCUUCAAUCUUUCAGAAAGGCAAUGGCAAGUUUCAUGGAACAAGUGAGGGGAGGAAAAGCAAAAUUCAACCCUGAUCGAGUCGUAUUGACAGCGGGUGCAACCGCAGCUAACGAGCUUUUAACCUUCAUUUUGGCGGAUCCUGGCGACGCAUUGCUGGUCCCGACCCCUUACUAUCCAGGAUUUGACAGAGAUUUGAGGUGGAGAACUGGUGUACAAAUUGUUCCAAUCCACUGUGAAAGUGCAAACAAUUUUCAGAUUACUCCUGAAGCCCUAGAAGCUGCAUAUGAUCAUGCAAGAUCAAUGAACAUAAAAGUGAGGGGAGUCCUCAUCACAAACCCUUCGAACCCAUUGGGCGCCACGAUACAACGAAAGGUCCUCGAAGAGAUCCUAGACUUUGCAACCCGAAAGAACAUCCAUCUAGUUUCGGAUGAAAUCUACUCGGGUUCAGCUUUCGACGCAGAUGAAUUCGUAAGCAUCGCAGAAGUACUUGAAUCAAGAAACUAUAAAGACUCAGAAAGAUGCCACAUUGUUUACAGUCUUUCGAAAGAUCUCGGCCUCCCAGGGUUCCGAGUUGGAACCGUGUAUUCCUACAACCAUCAAGUCGUGACAACUGCAAGGAGAAUGUCGAGUUUCACCUUAAUUUCGUCACAAACACAGUUUCUGUUGGCAUCCAUGUUGUCGGAUAAAGAGUUCACACAGAAAUACAUAAAGAUCAACCGUGAAAGACUGAAGAAGCGAUACGAAAUGAUCAUCAACGGGCUGAAAGAGGCCGGUAUCGAGUGCUUACAAGGGAAUGCUGGCCUUUUCUGUUGGAUGAAUCUGAGUCCUUACUUGGAGGAUGCCACAGUCAAAAGCGAAUUAGCGAUCUGGAAAACGAUCAUGCACGAAGUGAGGCUGAACAUAUCGCCCGGAUCAUCCUGCCAUUGUUCCGAACCAGGGUGGUUUCGAGUGUGUUUCGCAAACAUGAGUGAAGAAACACUUGAAGUUGCUCUUUCAAGAAUCCAUGAAUUCAUCAAAAGAAGGAAGCAAGAUAGGCAAGUUUUGUGA